GGAUAUACCUGCCAGUAAAAGGCAGGUAUCUGAUGUGGAGCGACUCUGGAGUGUGGCAGAUCUGCCGGUACGUGUUCCAGCCGAACGUGACCAUCAGCGCGUCGAACGCGACCACCACCACCGCCCGCCCGCAUGACAUCACAGGAAUGGUGGGGAUCUAUAUUACAAGAUGCACGAAUUAUUUGGCUCAGCCCGCUAUGGAGAACGGCAAGCCUGUCGACCCGGCGUAUGAUGUAAAUAUUGCCAACUACGUGCGCACGAUGAUCUCGUUCGGCAUCAUCAGCUUGUUCGUAAUGGCGAUGGGUUGCGGCUUCUCCACGUACACGUUCCGCAACCCACGGUACAUGUUCAAACGGCUCGCUGCUGGCAUACACUUUAUUAGUACAUCGUGUACGUUCGUGGUGGUUCAGGUGAUGAUGUCCUCGGUCGAUCACAUGAAGAAGAAUGUCAAGUUUGUGUAUCCGGAUGGCGCAACUCACUACUAUCACAUCAGCUUCUUCCUCGCGUGGUUCGUGGUGCUCAUGAAUCUCUUCGCGGCCGCCUCGUUCCUCUGGUACUCCCGCAAGAGGAAAGGCGACAAGGCCGCCACCGACGAGCUCGCCAUGGCCGACGAGCCCACCAUUAUUGGCCGAUGACGCUGCUGCCCACUGUCAAAAGCACCUGCGGCCGCAGAACUUCCUGAAAUUUCUACUGAACAGUGCUCAAACCCAGCUAGGACGAUGUGAGUCGACCAGACAAGCAUCUUCAGCUGUGACUCUCGACUGAUUCUGUUCUAUCUCUAAGACAACCUGAUUUUACUUAGCCUUGUUAAUCUUAUAAGCGAUCUUUGCUUGCCGACUUGGGAAUGUGAAUUUGAUUUUAAUCUCGACUCUUCGACUAUCCGAAUUGAAUACGAAAUGUCGAAUUAAAAUAUUGAAGUUCCUAACACUAUCCGCUUGCGAAUCUAUUUAAAUUUGUCUUAUAGGAUUAACGAAGAUACAGCGUUAGUGGUUUUACUGGUUAAGGUAAUCGCACAUGCGGGCUAGCAUCGCGGUAUCAGAUUGCAAAAAUAUUUCAUAGACCCGUUCAAGUAGGAGUCAUUCUGAUGAUAUUUUAAGCUAUAAAUUUAAAAGCUAACAGAAAUGAAACAGAGCUAAUACGUAGGCCAUGCAAAAUAUAUUAGCGCACUUUGUGCUUGUGGCAAACUGUAUCCUUGUUUUUCAUUUUUGUUAAUAUUCUUGAAUUUCUUAAGUGGUAUAAAACGAUUGUUAUUAAACUUUAAUAAUUAAAUUGCUGUCUCAUGUUAAUCCAAACUCAAAUGGUCUCUAAAGAAAGCAAUAUUUAACACGGAUUACAGUGUAGAUAUUGAAGACAGAACAUUUUAUUUCGAUGCACUAUUUAUAAAAUAUUUUUUAUAACAGACAUCUUGCAUCGCAUCUCUUGUUAAUAUUUUUCUAUAGCUUACGAUGCGGCUCGCGCGCUGUGCGCUACACUUUAAACUCCAAUUACCUAAUAUAUAACCGCAUUAAGACGCUGCCACGACACUACGCGCAAAUUAUUCUAGUCAUAUAUUGCAUAAUUGUAAAGGAUCAUUUCCGUAAUGACAAAAUAGCAAUGAAUGUUAGGAUUUAAUUGUCCCGAAUUGUAAACAAUAUGUUCAGAUUGUUAAGUCCAUAUAACAACACGUAAUGAGGGACCAAAAGAAUGUAAUGAUAAGGGACGUAUAAAAUCUAUAAGGAAAUUAAUGUUUUUAAAGAUCAUAGAAUGAUGUCAUGGGUGAUGUGCUAAAUAUUCUUUUUAAGGCUUUCCCCCGAGCAAACGGCUUGAGCUACCGUUCUAUACUUUUACUGCGCCCGAGUUACGAUCGGGAAUAUAUUGAUUUACAAAUAAUUUCUUUAAAAUAUCAAUUUUAGGACUUUCAAAAAUUUUAAAAUACCAAAAUGUUCCUUAUUAAAUUUUCUAUCUAAUAGUUAUAAAAAUAGUGUAUAAAAAUUAUCUGUACUUACUAUUGGAAGAGUUGAGUUGAGUUUAGUGGCAUUUUCAUCAUAAAAUUAAAAAAAAAACAAUAUCCACAUUAUAAAAAAACAGCCAAAGUAAAGAUGACAUAUAGUAAAAAUAUAAUUAUAAUUUAUUAAUUUUUUCCAUUUGCAGUAUAAAUUUCGAAAAGAUAGCUUCUAAAAAUAUAGCUCGCCGCUUUGCUGGGGCAUCGCCUUAAUAUAAUGUCUUCAGAUGUUUCUAUCAGUCCUCCGAGUAGUGUUGUCUAUAGAUGUAGUGUUUUUACGGAAUGUAUCCUGAAGAGUGGUACUGUUUAUUCCAUUGUAUUUGCAUUAUCGUGUGUAUUGGUGUUACGUAUGUACGUUCUUCCUAUUUAUAAUUCUUUUUUUUAUUAAAUAAACUCAUUAAAAUAUAUUGUUA